AUGUCUAUCACCACUUUAAAUAUCAUAGUAGCCUUUAUAAUAGCACUACUUGGCAUACUCGUCUACCGAUCCCACCUCAUAUCCUCACUUUUAUGCCUAGAAGGCAUAAUAUUAUCUCUAUUCAUACUAGCUACAAUUAUCUCCCUCAACAUAAGCUUCACUAAUUCCUUCAUAUUCCCAGUAGUCCUCUUAGUCUUCGCGGCCUGUGAAGCUGCCGUCGGACUAGCCUUACUAGUAAUGGUCUCCAAUACAUACGGCAUAGACUAUGUCCAUAACCUAAAUCUCCUACAAUGCUAA